UGAGAAGACGCGCACCACGUGCCUCUGCCUGUGAGAAGACGCGCUUCAUGGCAGCUCACCGCAGCCAUGUGUGGGGCCUCUUUGAGGAGUUGACCAAAGGGCAGCUGCUUGAGGACACAGUGUUGUUGAUGGUGGAAGCAGAACUGCCAAGUGGCCUUCCAACAGCCAAAGAAUUGCUGCAUUGGGGUGGCGAAAACAGGAGUCCGCAAGAACACGCUCAGUACAGUGAACUUGGGGUGAUGUGCAAGGAGCGCCUCUUGACGCAUGGCCGGGGUGCCAAAGUGCGCCUCGCGUCGUCUGCAACCCAGGGACCGAUCGCUUGGGUGGAGCUCGCCAGCGGUGCUUGCUGCGAGAUCUUUCCACCCUCCAGACCCACGGCGGACGGUGUCCGGGCGCUCUUGAAGAUGCCACCAGGCAGCUCCGUCUGGGAGAUCCGUUACCGCAGCGACCACUCCGUAGAGGUCCGCGGUGCCGGGACUGGCCGCGCGUCCUCACCACGGACAGUGCGGAGACCGCACAGUGCGGACUGGCUGCGCGAGAAAUGACCCCACCCUUUGUGGAGCCUGAAUGGUUGAGGAAGGUGUCAGGCGGUCAGUGCAUUCAAGGCACCAGUUCUAUUUUGGAAAAGCACCAGUUGCAAUUGGAAUUGAUGAGGUGCUACUUGGCGUUCGUUGUUCUGCCUUUUAGCCGUUCGCAGGUCUAGGCUCCGCCUGGUCCCGCGCGCGGGACCACUAGACAAGACUGGGUUCGCCAUGUUUUCCACACCAGGUCCAGGGGGUGCGCAGGGGGAGUCGAACCCGGGACCCCAGCCUGGACACCGCCUGCACCUAGAGAGAAAACCUGACGGUCCCCACUCCACCUCAAAAAUGAACCAUGUCAAAAAUUUGUGGAUGUUUCGCAAAGCGCC